AUGAUUGUCUGCUUCGAUAUUCUCCUGCUUGACGAUGAUGUCUGCCUGAGAGAACCCCAUCGAAAACGACGACUACUACUCCAAGAUGUGCUUCAAGAAAUACCUGGGCGAGCUGCCAUCGCUGAACAAGAAGUCUUGGAUUUCAGUAAACCUGACAGUCGAGAUCGACUAGAGUUCAUUUUUGCCAGUGCAAUCUCCAAACGAUGGGAGGGCUGUGUCUUGAAGGCUUCCGAAGAACCAUACUUCCCCAUGUACUCCGCUGGCGUGGACAAGACAUUUGGUCGGUGGAUCAAGCUUAAGAAAGACUACAUCCCUGGCCUGGGAGACACGGUUGAUUUUGCUCUUAUCGGUGGGUUUUAUGAUGCUCAUGACGCCGCAGCGUUUUCGGGCAAAUUGCGAUGGACACACUUUUUGGUUGGGUGUCUCUUGAACAAGGAAAUCCUUGCGCAUUCUGAGACUGUGCCUCAAUUCAAAGUUGUCGAUGUGGUCGACCACCAUUGCAUGCACCGUGAUAUGCUUCAAUAUUUCAAUCAAGUGGGAGAGUUCUAUGCGUGCGAACCGGAAAAUUUCAAUGGUUUUGAUGUGACAUACGGAACUUCUAGUCUUCCUCGAGCAUCCAGCCUAUACAAGAAACCUUUCGUUGUCGAAAUGAUGGGCAGUGGGUUUGAAAAGCCGUCCAAUGCCCGGUAUUUCACACUGCGGUUCCCUCGCAUCUUGAAAGUUCACACCGACAGAGCAUUUCAAGAUGCAGUCUCUCAUCGAGAACUCCAACUUCUGGCAGAGAACGCUCGGUCUAUACCUGAAGAUGACCUUUCCCAAGAAAGAGAGGAGUGGCGUAAGCGGUUGAAGGUUGGCAGUGGACUAAAUCAAUACGUUGUGGGAAGAUCACACAGUCCCUCUUCAAGAAGCUCCAGUGUUGGUUCAGAUGCCGUGUCGCAAGCAACCGAUUUAUCUGAUACUUCUCAGGAUGAAGACGUCCCCGACUCGCGUCAAGACAAUGAACAGUCGCAAAAAACUUCUUUGAGCACUGCUCAUGGCUCAGUGCCCCGCAUGAAUGGUGUUCCUGCUGUGUAUAUUGAUGCAACGGUCUUUCAGGAGGAGACUAGUAGCUCAAAAGACGACGGCAUCCUGACUGAGAACCGAAACUUGUCAUCCCGCCAUUCUCCCAGCCAAAUAGGAGCCAACACACUUGGUCAACCACCCAUCAAGCAUGGCAAACCAUCGUCGGACAAACCGUGGUUGAAAUUGAAGCCGCAUACCCCAUUCGAUUCACCAACACGGAGUAUCAUCUCUAUACACCAUGAAGAAGCCCAAAAGACAGACCCUAUGGCCCCAUCUUUCAACGCAAACGAAUAUCCUCGAUCCCCGUUCACGACAGUCCCCGUAUAUAUGUCAAGCGUUCCCUCUGACCUAUCACCUAAACAUGGGUCCCCUGGUCUUCACAAAUUUCUUCAAGCCAUAGGCUCUAUUGAGUCACGGUUUUCUCUACAACGAUCCAACCCUAGAGCCGUUUCCCGAAGUAUAGCUUUGGGCAUCGUACUCGUCAAUCCCCGUGAAAACUCUCUUGGUCAAGAAAUCUAUCAAAUCGCCCAAGCUCUGAAAGGCUUCAGGACCCGAGAAUGCUACCCACGUUCAGGAAGAAUCUUCUUUCUGAAUUCCGACAUUGUGAAGCAAGUCGUUCAACCUGAAGAUCUGCAGUUCUGCCUACGCGCCACUUGGGCGGAUCUCGGACGAAAGUAUUACUAUGCUUGUUUACAUUGGGAUCAAGGUCGAGAUUCAAGCUCUGGAGAAUAUGCUCAAUUGGAAGCUUUCGACAAGAGGUGCAGGCCAGACUUGUUGCCUCCUGUUUCUGUGAACUUCGAUCAAACCCAAAUCUUGGCUAUGGGAGAGUACAAGUCCAUCGAUCCGCUUCUCUGUUUCGAUGAUUAG